AGGUGGACGCGCGAAGUUGGGACCAACUGGAAGAGGUAGAGCGCAGCCAAGAGCAUUGCGCAGGCACGGUGCUGGGCCCUUUCGAGUUCUGGAAGGACGACAGGUGCCAGACCCACUUCUGGGACAUUGCUCAGAAGGGGUAUGGCGUUGUCCACAUGCCUGCCGGCUCCAACACAUCAGGCCCGCAGAGCGUGCUGACGCUGGAUGAGACCAUCAGAUCUGUGAAGGAGUUCAAGGCGCACAUGGAGGAGUGCCACAGGAUGUGCGGGCAUCCGCAGCACGAGGCAAAGGAAGUGGAGGGCAAGGACAUCACCCCCCGGGCGGCCGCGGUGAACGGGGCCUUCACCUCCAAGGAAGAGAAGGAGCUCUACAAGCCGGUGCGCCUGCCCUGGCGCGCGGUGAGUUGCCUCACGCGCACCGUGCAGAUCCUUUGGCUAGGCGUGGGAGUCACCGCAGCCAUGCGGGAGUCCGGCAUGAGCCGAGUAGACUUUCAGGUGUCCUACAUCGUGGAAGAGCGCAGAUUGCGGGCGGAGGAUGACUUGGCCUUUGAGGACCUGGCGAUGCAAUGGCCUUAUGGCUCAUUUUUCCGCAUCGAGGCCCUCCAUUGUGCGAAUUCGACCAACGGCACAAGUCCCCUGGUCAGCACCAGAUUCGCGAGCUACGCGCUGAACACCGGCGCCUUGCUGGAAGUGCCGAAGGGCGACGCCGAGUUCUGUGGCCAUGGGCGCUGCCUUCCUGCCAGCGAGCUAACACUGCCCCGGCUCAGUGGCGCAGGCAGUGUGCGCUCUGGGGCGCUGCAUGAGUGCGAUGCAUUGGAGCAGAUAUCGCCUGCCAAGAAGGGCGCGAUCUGCCUUGUCGUCGUUGUAGAAGGUGACAAUGGGCACCUGACUCUAGUGCAUGCCGAGCUGCCUGGACUGGGCGGAAUUGGGUCCCUUCAAGUGACACACACUGUGGACCUCCGAAGCAUCGUGAAGCCGUUGGGCCUCGCAGCAUUCCACGUUUCAGGUGGGGACCUUUGGCUGACCAGAAGCGGAGUUCCGACUCCGCUUUUGGAGGUUUGGGACAUUCGCCUGCUGCAGCCCAGGCUCAGAAGGAGAGCUGGCGAGCGGCUUUCACGGACCUUUCGCCGAGCUUUCGGCCCACCGCGAUGUGUAGGUGCGAGCCCGGCUCGGGAUACCUGAUGCUGGCAGGGCACUAUGCAGACGGCCCAGGCCUCUUCAAGGCCUGGCCAGAGCUUACAGCCGGUCCGCCGG